CAACACAAAGGCUGCACUAUUCAAACCCCUCCAGAUAAGCGGCUCCAUCUCCCCACACCACAGCAUUCUGUCCGUUCCUUCCUCACCACCACCUGAGCCCCGCCCCCCUCGCUCCAGGUGUGGCACGUGAUCGAGACUUCGCGCGGAGGUCGCGAGAGAUCCCGGAAAGCGGUCGAGCGAGAUUCCUGAUUGCUUGAAAACGGCCGCCUAGAGAGGGAAGAGAAACAAAUGUGAAACACCAGCUUUAAAGUAUCAUUUCGCUAUGAGUGAUCCACCCAGAAGACCGCGGGGGCAGAGGGACAGGAACGGAGGAGGACACGGAGAAAGGAAGGAGCCUCGAACACGACGAGACCAGAGUAACAGACCACCGUCCAGCCACAGGUCCUCUACGCAGUCCUUCCCCAGAGGCUCCUCAUCCCAUUCUAGACAUACAAGGACAGUCCCUUCAGAAGAACAUGAGUCGAAGUGUACACACAUGUGCUCCAGGAGGGGUAUUGUGCUAAUAUGUGCCACUCUGACCAAUGUGUUGGUGCUGUUCUGCAUCGUGGCUGCAUACAUGACGUUAUCAGGCAUGUCUGCGAUGAACUUUGGUGGAAGCUUUGUAAACACACUCAUCCCAUUUGAAGGGGUGGAACUUCAACAGGUGCGUGACCUGGACAUGCAGUUUGUACAAAUGAGAGCACCUGGAGUGUAUGGAGGUGUGGCCUUCAGCCUCACUUUUGCUGUUCUCUCACUUUUAUUCGUGGUGUCUGGCAAUAAGCCUGCCUAUGUGCUCCCAUGGAAGCUUCUGAUUGGUCAGUUUGUGUUCCAGCUGCUAGGAGCUGUGAUCUAUGUGGUUGCAGUGGGUUUGUAUCUGCACUUUGUGGUCAGUGUGAACUCAACAGAUGUGUGUGUGAAGCGAGAGCGACUUUAUGCUCGCAACGGAUACACUUGGAUGAACUGUAAAGUGGGUGGUGCCGAUGCAGCUGUGGCGUUGUUUGGAAUCAUAACUGCCAUUUUAUAUGCAGUGGGGUCCUUCCUUACUUUUAAAACACUCCAGAAUGUCAAGCGCUACCAAAACGAGCGGGCUCGCUAUGAAGCAGAAAGACGUGAGCGACCCAACCGCCCUCAGAGCACACCUCUACAGUCGGACAUCUACAUCUGAGCUUCUCUUUAAGAAAGACUCGAUGCCUACAAUGUUUUCAAUGUCUUCUUUGUUUUAUGGUUCAGGUUUACGUUUUUAAAGGACUAAAUGGACUACUAACUAAACUCUGUUUACUGAUGUCUGCCUUCAUGCACUCUCCUUUUUCAAAAUAUGGUGCCGGUAUGCACUUUAUUUAACUGCAGAAAUAAUCAAAUGUGAAUCAGUAAAGAACUACGAAAGCUGUCUUAUGUAAGUUUGAGUUGGGCUAUGUCUACCUUAUUCCUGCAGUUAGUGGCCAUUUUGAUCAUGUCAGGUGCAAAAAUUAUUGUUAAGCUAUACAGUUUAUUAGACACAUCUACAUUGUUGAUGUGCCUUGUUGGUGUACAGUUAGAAGCUAUAGCUAUUUCUAUGUGUAGUGUGUUAUCCUGUAAGCCUUCAACAGUGGUCAGUUUCUGACCAAAGAACCACCUGUGUUCGAAUUUUUUUGUUUGGUGGACUGUCCUUAACCCAGCUGUGAUACUGAUGCACGUGACUGUACCAGUGUAACACACAUUACCAUACCACUACCACUGAUGUGCUGAAAAUACUCAGCUAUCCAAAUAAUAUCUGGACAUUGGUGGUUCAUCAUUGAUGGAUGGGAUAGAAUUGACAAACAGCAACUGGGCUACAGUCAGUAAUUGUAAAUCUACAAAGUGUCUCUGUGGUUGGCCUGAUUGUCCAAUAGUACAGAUGUACAUAGUAUAGAUGUGUAUCUAAUAAGCUAUUGUCCAUGUAUAUUAUUAUUAUUAUUAUUAUUAUUAUUAUUAUUAUUAUUAAUACGUGUUUAUAGUCCAAAUAUUUUGCUCUACUAUAGUGCUGAUUAUUAUGGGUGAAUGACAGCUGAGUCUGGUAGUUUUAGAGAAGCUCGUUUAGAAUAACCAGAUGAGCUGCAGUAAUAAUUAAAUAAUGUUUAUUGUUUGUAGCUGAUUUAUGACAAUGCAGUGAUCAUUAUGUCUUUGGUAGCACUACUGUAAGGAACAGUGUGGAUUGUGUACUUGCUGCUCUCGACUGUAGGGGGCAGCAAACACAUUCUUUUGGACCUGCUGUUUUUUUCUUCCAUGUAUUUUAAAUAAUGACCCCAGCAUGUUCCACAUUCAUACUUCUGCUGUUUUCUUUGUGCAAAAUGUAAUUAAGGGCAGCCUUUUAGCUAGACAUUGUACUAAAUUCAAAUAAUAUGUUUUUAUUGAAACACUGAAACUGUAGCUAUUGUACUAUUUCUCUGGUGUGUACAGGUCACAGAUGCAGCCAAAUACCUUUUAUGUACAUACAAUAUGCAAUACAUACAAUAAAUAUGAGCCAACCAGAAAUAAUGGUAAUCAUGUAGUAAUUAUCCUGUCGCUUUUGAUUGUGCACGUGAAUGUAACCGAGAUAUAGCAUUUUAUUAGUAAUAAAAAGUCUUGGACUGAAAGCCAGUUCAAACCAAAUCAA